AUGCUGAAUCAACUUCAGAGCCGGGCCGGGCGCCGCAUGCUGACCCUCGUCACCCUCCUCGGCGUCAUCGUCGUCCUGUGGACCAGGUUCGGCCCCCCCAGUUCCCCUGCCAUCCGCGUGGGCAAUUUCCGGCUCGUGCCUAGCAGCUUCGACUGGAGCCAGGCACAGGUCUUCCACCCGGUCGAGGCGAUGAUACCGAUGCCCGCCGGCAAGGCGAAAAGGUUCCCGACGGUGCAGGCUCGGGCCGGGAGCGACGGCGUCGACGAGGUGGCCAAGGCGAGGAAGCUGGCGGUCAAGAAGGCCUUCGAGAAGAGCUGGAAGGCCUACAAGAAGCACGCGUGGACCAAGGACGAGCUGAUGCCCCUCUCGGGCAAGGGCAGGCAGACCUUCUCCGGCUGGUCGGCCCAGCUCGUCGACGCGCUCGACACGCUCUGGAUCAUGGACCUCCGCGAGGACUUUGCCCUCGCCGUCAAGGAGGUGGCCGUCAUCGACUGGGCCAAGCUCAAGGACGGCAAGACCAUCAACCUGUUCGAGGUGACGAUCCGCUACCUCGGCGGCCUGCUCGCCGCCCACGACCUGUCGCGGGAGCCGGUGCUGCUGGCCAAGGCCGUCGAGCUCGCCGACGCCCUCUACGCCGCCUUCGACACCCCCAACAGGCUACCCCCCCACUACCUCGACUACGCCAAGGCGAGGUCGGGCGAGCAGGUGGCCGACUGGAGCAUGUCGGGCGCCGCCGGCGGCACCCUCGCCCUCGAGUUCACGCGGCUCAGCCAGCUGACGGGCGACGCCAAGUACUACGACGCGACGGAGCGCAUCAAGCGCUUCCUCCACCGCUCCCAGAACACGACGCGCAUCCCCGGCCUCUGGCCCAUGAUGAUGGACUACCGCCGCGAGGUGGUGACGGGCGACGUCUUCAGCAUCGGCGCCGGCUCCGACUCGAUGUACGAGUACCUGCCCAAGAUGCACGCCCUCCUCGGCGGGCUCGACGGUCAGUACGAGGACAUGACGGUCAAGGCGCUCGACGCGGUCCGGCGCAGCCUCCUCUUCCGGCCCAUGACGCCCAAGGACGAGAACAUCCUCAUGGCCGGCAACGCCGAGUGGUCGGCCGACAAGACGAGGCUCGCCACGGAGAUGCAGCAUCUCACCUGCUUCCUCGGCGGCACCUACGGCCUCGCCGGCCGCCUGCUAGACCGCGAGGACUACGUCGACGUCGCCUCCCGCCUCGCCGCCGGCUGCGUCUGGGCCUACGACUCGUUCCCGACCCACAUCAUGCCCGAGAUCGGCGAGCUCGCCGCCUGCGACAAGAUGGACGGUCCGUGCCCGUACGGCGAGCACGCCUUUGCCGGCGCCCGCGCGGCGGGGCUGCCCGAGGGCUUCCUGCGCGUGCGGGAUCCGCGGUACCAGCUGCGGCCCGAGGCCAUCGAGAGCGUCUUCUACAUGUGGCGCAUCACCGGCGAACAGCGGUGGCGCGACGCCGCCUGGAGGAUGUGGCAGGCCAUCGUGCGGGAGACGGAGACGGAGCUGGCGUUUGCGUCCAUCGACGACGUCAUGACGCCGUCAGGGCCCAAAGCCGACACGAUGGAGACGUUUUGGCUGGCCGAGACGACCAAGUAUUUCUACCUCAUUUUCGACGACGAGAGCACCAUCAACCUCGACGAGUGGGUGCUCAACACGGAGGCGCAUCCGCUCAAGAGGCCGAAGUGA